UUGUAAACUUUAAGCCUGAAGAAACGCUUAUCGAUGAAAAUUUUAUGUGAUUAUUUUUGUUUUGAGUUUCAAUUUCAAUUAUAAAAGCAAUUGUCGCAAACGAGAAUUUCACAUUCAGUUUGCGACAUUCAAUCCAGAACGUUUUAAUAACAAUGACGGAGCUAAGAUUUGCGAUUCUGUUUUUCGCAAUGUUUGUGACACUUCAAACCUCGCAGUGCGCAGAAAAGGCAAAAGCGACUGAGGAUAUUAAAAAACAACCAACUUACUCGAGAAAAUCAAACGUUAGUUCAAAGGAGGAGGUAACAAAUUCUAAGAGUGAAGGGGGGUUUGCGAAAACCAUGGAUCCCCAAAAAAUAGAGGAGCUACGGAGGGCAAUUCGUGCAUCAAUGACAGGCCACAUUUGUAGCCCUUACUACUGCAAGAAGUGCAGCAACUCUGACAGCAGCAGCAGCAGCUCUUAUUCUGAUAGCAAAUCAAGAAAAUCGACAAGCAGUUCUUCGUCUUCCGAAUCCCACUCGAAAUCAAGCAAGCAACAGAAAAUUAGGAUGCUAAAUGUGAAAAAACUGCACGACAAUUUGAUUGAAAUGGCCAAGGCGCUCAGGGGCGAGUCUAUUGAAUCCAAGGAUAUCAACAGGUUCUCCUGCAAGCCUAACUGCAUUGCUUGUUGCCAGCCUGACAAACUGGUGCCAGUUUAUGAUUUGCCAAAACCGCAAGGAUAUUUCCACCCUACGCCUUUAAAUAUUAAUAACCCACCUCAACAGAUUCCCUAUGGCCAUCCAGCACCGCUACCACCUGGAAGACUGUACCAUGUGGAUCCACAAUAUGCAAGAAAUUAUUAGAUAAAAUUGAAAUUAAUGCGCAUUAAAAAUAAAAUAAUAAAUUUUGCUUUAUUUGUGAAGAA